UUGAAAUUCAAUACUGUUUCCCACUCCCGAAGAAACACUCUCUAGCUGCAUUCCACUCCUUCGGUCCUUCCUCACGAAAGAGUGAGAUAGGGCUUCUUCAAAGAAAAUGGGAGAAUCAACUUCUCCAUUCUGUAAUUUAGGGAUUCUCGACACUCUCACCGGCGACUCGAUUCAAGAAAUCAUCGAGAGUUACAGCAACUUCUGUGCCAACACAGAAUCUCUUCUCAAUGGCGAUUUCUCCGUUGAUUCGGAGUUCGCAUGUAACGUGCACGGUCUCUGCAAAUACGGCCUCAACUCUCUUGUUAGGGAUCAAUUUCUGGGGUCUCUGGAGGAGACAUUUGAGAGAAAUUGCGUUUCGAAAUUCUGGCAGUAUUUUGAUGCUUACAGCAAUGUUGCCAUCCUUAACACGAAUGAGCCACCUGUUUACGAGGACUGCCUUCAGCAAGUAUUAUGUAAAGCUUUGGAAGAAAUAUCUUUGGAAAAACAGUAUCAGGAAAAGUGUUUGUUGGUGCUGGUUCAUGCUUUAUCUGAUGAAGAACAUCAUUCAAAUGCUGAAAAGGCUUAUCUAUUUUCGAAAUACCAAUUGAUGGUGUCUUCAGUUCUCAUGGCUAGGCUUCCUCGUCAUUUCCCUGAGAUACUGCACUGGUAUUUUAAGGGAAGGCUGGAAGAGUUAAGUACAAAUGUGGAUGGAGAGUUCAAUUAUGAAAAUGAAUCUCAAGAUAAAGAUGACAUGGACAUAGAUGAGAGAAGUAAAGUGCCCUGCAGAACUGGAAAAAUGGAUAUAGAUGAAUGUGGCCUGGGUAAAUUUUCUGAAAACAAUGCAUUGGUAAAGAACAUUGGAAAGGUUGUUCUCAAUCUUAGAAGUCUUGGGUUUACAUCUAUGGCUGACGAUGCCUAUGCUUCUGCUAUCUUUUUGCUUCUGAAGGCUAAAGUACAUGAUUUGGCUGGCGAUGAUUUCAGGAAUUCUGUUUUGCAGUCCAUUAAAGACUGGAUAGAGGUUGUGCCACUUCAGUUCUUGCAUGCCCUUCUUGCUUAUAUUGGGGAGUCUGUUAGUUAUGAUAGUCCUUCAUCUGUCCCAAAGUCACCUUUGGCUUCAGUUGCACCUUCAUUCUAUCCUGGAAGUAAUGCUCCAUCUGAAGGACUUGUUAGAUGGCGGUUGCGGCUAGAAUACUUUGCUUACGAGACACUGCAAGAUUUAAGGAUUGGCAAACUCUUUGAGAUUAUUGUGGAUUAUCCUGAAAGUUCUCCUGCAAUUGAGGACUUGAAACAGUGUCUUGAAUAUACUGGACAACAUUCAAAGCUGGUCGAGUCAUUUAUUUCUGCACUAAAAUAUCGGCUGCUUACUGCUGGUGCCUCAACUAAUGAUAUAUUGCAUCAAUAUGUUUCAACAAUUAAAGCACUUCGGACUAUAGACCCAGCUGGAGUUUUUCUUGAAGCUGUUGGUGAACCAAUAAGGGACUAUUUAAAGGGAAGGAAAGAUACCAUAAAAUGCAUUGUCACAAUGCUUACUGACGGUACUGGUGGGAAUCCAAAUGCAUCUGGAAAUUCGGGGGAUAGCCUUCUUGAGGAAUUGAAUAGGGAUGAAGAAAAUCUGGAAAACACAGGUACUGAUGAUGAUUUCAAUAUAGAUGACAAGCAAGCUUGGAUCAAUGCCAUGCGUUGGGAGCCAGAUCCUGUAGAGGCUGAUCCAUUGAAAGGGAGCAGAAAUCGAAGGAAGGUCGACAUACUUGGGAUGAUUGUUGGCAUAAUUGGUUCAAAAGACCAACUUGUUAAUGAAUAUCGUGUAAUGCUGGCCGAAAAGCUUUUGAACAAAUCUGAUUAUGACAUUGACUCCGAAAUACGUACUUUAGAACUUCUCAAGAUACAUUUUGGGGAGAGUAGCAUGCAGAGAUGUGAAAUUAUGCUUAAUGAUCUUAUUGAUUCAAAGAGGGCAAAUACUAAUAUCAAAAUGAACAGAAGUCAGACUCCACAUACGGGAUCUGAGGCGGGUGACACUGCUGUAUCUCUUGAUAAUCUUGAUGCUACAAUCAUAUCUUCAAAUUUCUGGCCUCCAAUCCAGGAUGAGUCUCUUAAUGUACCACAGCCCGUUGACAAGCUGCUCUCUGAUUAUGCACAAAGAUUUCAUGAAAUAAAGACCCCUCGGAAGCUAAUUUGGAAGAAAAAUCUUGGAACUGUCAAGUUGGAGUUGCAAUUUGAAGAUAGAGCAAUGCAGUUUACCGUGGCUCCUAUACAUGCAGCAAUCAUUAUGAAAUUCCAAGAUCAACCAAGUUGGACCUCUAAGGACCUUGCUGCUGCUACCGGGGUACCAGUGGAUAUUCUCAACAGGAGAACAAAUUUUUGGAUAAGCAAGGGAAUUCUUUUGGAAUCACCUGGGCAAGACCUGAAUGACCACGUAUUUACUCUGUUGGAAAUAGUGGACAGUGACGAAAGCAUUGGCAAUGGUAGGAAUGAGGAGCUGUUAGUAGGGGAUGAGGAGGGAGAGAGAUCUGUGGAUUCAGUUGAGGAUCAAAUACGCAAGGAGAUGACUGUGUAUGAGAAAUUCAUCAUGGGGAUGCUCACAAACUUUGGCAGCAUGGCAUUAGAUCGAAUUCAUAAUACUUUAAAGAUGUUUUGUGUAGCUGAUCCUCCAUAUGAUAAAUCACUCCAACAGCUGCAAAGCUUCUUAUCUGGCUUAGUUUCUGAAGAGAAGUUAGAACUAAGAGAUGGAAUGUACUUUUUAAAGAAGUGAAUUAUCUUAGUACAUCACUUAGUCCAAAACAACAAGCACUGGUAAGGUUUUCUUUCAGAAGUUCAAACAUUUUUGUGAUUCGGCUUAUUUGGAGUGUUUAUUAUACUCCCUUUCCAUCCUUGAACUAAUUAUUUUCUUCCUUCAGCACUGGAAGUGAGUUGAGAAUUGCAAAUGCUCAAAAACCUUAUGUUGAGCUUUUUCACUGUAGUUUUCUUUGAUUGUAAGAGCUAUCACUUUAAUAAUACAUGCAAACUAAUGAUAGAGUUACAAGGGUGCAACCUAGUCCCGGAAAUAGCCUCUUCACAUAUUAUGUGGAGGUAAGGUCUACAUACAUUCUGCAUGUCUCCGACCCCUCCCACUGCAAGAGUUGUGUAUCGAUUUUUUUUUUAUCAUUUUAAUGAUUCCUUGGGUAAUGUCUGUGUACAUUUUGUCUGUCUCCGACUCCUCCCAUAUGAGAGUAUUGUGUACGGAAGUUAUUGUUUUUCUUAUCAUUUCAA